AAAAGAGAGGUUGUUACACAUUGACUCCUGUGAUAAACCAAGAAAUUAAACGCAAUAGUUAAUGAGUUACCUUGAAAAAACGCAAAACUGUUCAUAGAACUGAACAAUACAUUCAUCUUUUUCUCUUAAUACGCUUCUUAUUUUCUCCACCGAUUCUUCACUGACAGCUUUUCAAUUCAUCUGAGAAUCAAUUGAUUACGGUUGAAUUUUUGUCACGAUGAAAGUAAAUAAGGGGAAAAGAGGCACACAACUUGGGAGAAAGACGAACAAAAAGAAUAGUGAACAAAAAGCUGAUGUUGAGACACAUGUUACAGUGAACAAUGAUGAGAUGAAGAAUUCCAAAGAUGAUGUUUGCAUCAGUGCACAACUCAAAUGGCCCAUGCCACCUUCUAGUGAAGAACCGUUAGUAGAUAUUCCAGGAAUUACAAAGUCCUCUGCUGAAUUGAAUCAAAAUUACAAAUGCAAGUUGAGAACUUUUAAAGCAAUGAAGCAAAGUUCUACUUUAAACCAGGGGAUGGAGCAAAGUUCUACUUUAAAUCAAGCAAAAAAUCAGAAAACAAUGAUGACUACUAUAGAUAAUGCUGGGAGAUCCAUUCUCAAGCAUGAUCAAAGGAAACAACAAUCAUUGACAGCUGGAAGAUCAAUCCAGGUUGCAGGAUCUUCUCAAAUGCAACAUUCUACUUCAAAGCAAGCAAAAAAUCAGAAAACACUGACGACUACUAUAGAGAAUGCUGUGAAGUCCAUUCUCAUGCAUGACCAAAGGAAACAACAAUCAUUGACAGCUGGAAGUUCAAUCCAAGUGGCAGGAUCUGCACAAAUACAGCAUAAAAAGCAAGAUCACAGGCCAGUGGGCCGCUCUCUGUUAGGUGGAUUAAGCAACAGUUCAUCUGCUCAAUUCCAAAAGGAUCUUGUUGAUCAUGGAUCAUCCAAGAAGCAAAAGACUACUCCAAAGAUUCCAUCAGUGUCACUUGAUCAUUUAAAAAGGAAUAAGCAACAGCUUGAAGUUGAGGAUGAUAUCAAUUAUGAAAAUGAUGUUGAUGUUGGUGAUGGUGAGGAUGAUAUUAACUAUGAAAAUGAUGAUGGUGAGAACACUAAUGACCCUCCAAUGAAAGUGACGAGGAAGUCCAAAGAUGAUGUUUACAUUAGUUCACAACUCAAACGGCCCAUGCUACCUUCUAGUGGAGAACUGUUAGAAGAUAUUCCAGAAAGUAUAAAGUGGAUGUUCUCGAAAGGAUCUUUUUCAAAGCAAGGGAUGGAGCAAAGUUCCACUUCAAAGCAAUCAAAAAAUCAGAAAACAAGGAUGAGUACUAUAGACCCCGCUAGUCGAUCCAUUCUAAACCAUGAUCAAUGGAAACAAUGUUCCACUUCACAGCAAGCAAAAAAUAAGAAAACAAAGAUGAGUGCUAUAGACUCUGCUGUGAGAUCCAUUCUCAUGCAUGAACAACGGAAACAACGUUCCACUUUAAACCAAGCAAAAAUUCAGAAAACAACGAUGAGGGCUAUAGACUCUGCUGUACGAUCCAUUCUCAUGCAUGAUCUGAGGAAACAACAAUCAUUGACAGCUGGAAGUUCAAUCCACGUGGCAGGAUCUGCUCAAAUGCAACAUAAAAAGCAAGAUCACAGGCCAGCGGGCCGGUCUCAUUUCGUUGGAUUAAGCAACAGUUCUGCUCAAUUUCAAGAGGACCUUGUUGAUCAUGGACCUUCCAAGAGGCAAAAGAAGUUACCAUCAAUGUCACUUGAUGAUUAUUUUAAAAUGAAUAACCUACUACUUGAAGUUGAGGGUGAUAUUAACUCUGAAAGUGAUAAUGGUGAUGUUGAGGGUGAUAUUAACUAUGAAAAUGAUGAUGGCGAGAAAACCAAUGACAAUCCAAUGGAAGGAGAAGCAUCAAAAAAAAGGAAAAGAGGAAGAGGAAGGACAUUAUGCUCGAGGAUUCAUGAUCGGUCACUUGCUGAAAGAGAAGAAAUCACCUUAAAUGAAGAAGGGGAGCCCAUUGGUCCAACUCAAAAGAUAGUUUCUGAAUUCAGCAAUUUUUUGGGAUCAGUAGCACGGAUGUCAGACUUAUGUCCUCUUACUUACACUAAUUGGAAGGCUAUACCAAAGAAGAAGGAGAAUAUAUGGGCUUAUGUCAAUAAAAGAUACAUUGUUCCUGAAAAAGGAGAGAAGGCUGUAUAUGCUAUAAUAAAUGAUGCUUGGAGACGAUACAAAUGUGUUAUUAAGAGAAAUCAUUUCACUAAGUAUGACAACUUGCGUGAGCGGAUGAAAAACCGUCCAGACAACAUACCAGAAGCGGACUUUAGGAAAUUAAUGAAUUAUUGGGAAAUUGAAACCAUUCAAGAAAUUGGUCGUCAAAAUGCUAAAAUUACAGCUCAACAAAAAUGUAGACAUCGAGCGGGUCCCAUAAGCUUUGCUAUCAUAAGAGAAAAACUGCGUGCAACCAAGGAUGAUUGUGAGCCUCCUACUCAAGCUGAAGUUUUUAUUGAAACACGACAAAGUAAGAAAGGAAAUCAGCUUGACCAAGUUACCAGUAACACAAUUACAAAUCUUCAAGAUUUGAUCGUAAAUUCUGGUCAGUCUUCGGAUGAGGCAUUUCGAACCAUCUUCGGUAAAGAAAAACCUGGGAGAGUGCGUUGCCAUGGAAGAGUUACAACACCUUCUCUCUUGAAAAGAAAUAAAGAAAUUGGAGAAAUUAAAAAAAAGCAUGCUAUUGAGGUGAAAAAUUUAAGUGACAAGAUUCAAGAAAUGGAGGUAAGACAUGAAAAAAUGGAGAAAAAACAUAGUAAAGAGAUGGCAGCAAUGGAGGGGAAAUUGCAAGUUCUUCUUAGGUUCAUGCUGAACCAAAGCAAUUCCGACCAAGAUAGGGGGGAUUUGGCAGCUUUGUUAUCAACCCCAGAUGAUGACGAUAAUGGGCUACAUUCAUCUACAUCUGCACAUGGCCUAAAUAAUCACGAGGUAAACCAUGGCCUUGAAGAACAAUUGUCUGAUGACUUUGAAGAUGAUGAUGAAGAACAACCUUUUGAUGACUUGGAAGAUGAUAAUGAAGAACAACCUUUUGAUGACUUUGAAGAUGAUGAAGAACAACCUUUUGAUGACUUGGAAGAAGAUGAUGAAGACCAAUCUUUUCAUGACUGGGAAGAAGAUGAAGAAUAUUCAGAUUGACUCAUCAAUGCUGGUGCUUUUCAUUUUCUUGUGUGAUUGAUAAGAACACAAACCUUAUUCCUUUCUACUUUGGGUUGAUAAUAGAAUCUCAAAUUACAUAGAGCUUCUUUUUAUAGGUUUGGUUGUAAUCACAUUAAAAGAGAAGCUAAUAUCAUGGUAUGUUUUUUGGAAAGUUUACCCAACUCGAUAAGGAUGUCGUUUGGUUAUCAGAAUUUGUUUCUAGUUGCUUAUCUGAUGUAGUAGAAUUUCAAGCAAUGCCAGAUUGUUGAUAUGUAUCACAAAUGUGAUUUUGGAGUUUGGUCUAACAUUUUAUUUGAUUUGCACUACAUAUGAAUACUUUGCUAUUAUUUAAUGAUAAAAUUGUUCACUAA